AUGUCCUCAUUUUCCAGACUCGUUCGCUUCCUUGCCCGGGAUGGCAAGACCUACUACGGCGAUGCCAUUCUUCCCAGUGGCGUCACUGAUAUCGCCAAGGCGAGGCAGGCCAGGAUCGUGACGGGCGAUAUCUUUGGAAGACACGAUGUCACAGAAAACGUCGCCGACAUCCGGCUUCUGCUGUCUCCCCUUGCGCCCGAGCACGUAAAGACUGUACGCUGCCUCGGCCUCAACUAUGCCAACCACGCCAAGGAGUCAAACAUGGCAAUUCCCAAGUUCCCUGUUCUCUUCUACAAGCCGGUGACCUCUCUGGCCGGACCGACUGACCCCGUUCCUGUGCACCCGAUCGCUCAGACCGGCAGCACGCUGGACUACGAGUGCGAACUGGUCAUUGUCAUCGGCAAGACCGCCGCGGACGUCUCCGAGGACGAUGCCCUCAACUAUGUUCUCGGCUAUGCCGUGGGCAACGAUGUGUCACACCGCGAGUGGCAAAUCCAGCGUGGCGCCGGGCAGUGGUCUCUCGGCAAAGGCUUUGACGGCUGGGCGCCUUUCGGGCCUGGCAUUGUGACCAACAAGGUCGUCAAGGACCCUCAGAACCUCAAGAUCUUUACCAAGGUCAACGGGGAGACCGUUCAGAACAACAACACCAAGGACAUGAUUUUCGGCAUCAAGAAGACAAUUUCCUUCUUGAGCCAGGGCACUACGCUGCUGCCGGGAGAUGUCAUCUUCACCGGAACUCCCGAGGGUGUUGGCAUGGGUCGCAAGCCUCAGUUGUGGCUCAAGGAUGGAGACGUCGUCGAGGUUGGCCUUGAGAACGUGGGCUCUUGCAUCAACAAGAUCGAGUUCAGCAAGGUCAAGUCAAAGAUCUAG